CGGAAGUUCUGCAUGGAAAGUUGAAAAAAUCUCAAGAUGGAUUUGUUGCCGAAGUCCCACAAAGAGUUUAGUUCAGCUGAAUAUUGGGAGAGAUUUUUCAAGAAGAGGGGAAACCAAGCAUUUGAAUGGUAUGGACAAUACCAGGAUCUCUGUGGAGUUAUUCACAAAUACAUGAAACAAGCCGACAAAACACUGGUGAUUGGCUGCGGAAAUUCUCGCCUCUCAGCUGACCUUUAUGAUGUAGGAUAUCAUGACAUCAGAAAUAUUGAUAUCAGCGAAGUCGUCAUAAAACAAAUGUCUGAUCAAAACUCAAAGAGCCGGCCUGAUAUGAAGUUCAUCCAAAUGGAUCUUACGAAAAUGACCUUUGCUGAUAAUGAGUUCAGUGUGGUGUUAGACAAGGGGACGUUAGAUGCCCUGCUGACCGAUUCAUCGGAAGAGACCAUUCAGAGAAUAGAUACCAUCUUUGGUGAAAUAGGACGUGUGUUAAAAGUUGGAGGGCGCUACAUAUGUAUCUCACUAGCGCAGGAACAUAUUUUGAAUAAAGUGUUAGAAUAUUUUCCGAAAGAAGGAUGGAUUGUGCGGGUGCAUAGAAUCAUACAAGACAACGACUUGGAGGACAGAGAGUUCCAGCUUCCAGUCUUUGCCUUUGUCUUCACCAAACUUAUGAAGUUACCCAACUUUAAACCUAUUUUUGAGGUUGGCCAGUUUGAUGACACUCUUGAGAGACUUGAGACAGCAGAGAAGGUGUGUGCCUCAAUACAAGGGAUGCAACAAUACUCAUUAGUCAGGCACCAUCUGCAGAAAAAGCAACAGAAGAACGAGCAACUCUCUCUGGAUCUCUACAGUUCUGCGUCAACAAAACCGCGAUAUACUCUCCACAUAGUCGAUCACCCCAAACAGCGAGCAGCCAACAGAUUUGCAGUAUUUAUAGUACCUGAGGGGAGGGAAACAGAAUGGCUGUUCUCAAGUGACGAAGGCAGACGUCAACUAUCUGAUAGUGCUGGAUUUGGUCGUCUGGUAGUUGUUAGUCUGAAUAGAGACCACAGUUACGCAGGGUUGGAGUCAGUGAAGAAUGAACUCUCAGAGAAAGUGCUGGAACUGGCUCCUGCUGACCUUGGACGUAUUCAGGUACCUUUCCUCUCUGCUGGUGAUGACAUCAACAAACGUCAAGUUCGUUACCGUGGCAACAGUGAGAUGAGUGGUAAUUAUGUCGUUGAAGAUGUUGAAGUUGACAAUGGUGCUACAUUCCGUCGAUUAAUCUUCUUAGCCAAUCAAAAUAUUGUCCAAUCUGAAGCUAAGCUAAGGAAAGAGUCUGGCCGUACAAAAGGUGGGAAAAAGAAGGCUGCUAAAUUUGUAGUUGACCCUACAUAUCUUGCAAAUGAGCAUCACCAUUCAAUGGUUGCUGGCCUCGUGUUAGUGGACAACUUUAAACAGAUCUUGGAUACUAAACUGUCUACCCUGCUGGUGGGUCUAGGGGGUGGUGGUUUACCCCACUUCAUACAUCACUUUUUCCCAAAGAUAUGGCUAGAUAUUGUUGACAUUGACCCAGCAAUGUUAACUAUAGCAACUGAAUGGUUCAACUUCCCUAAAGAUGACCGACUACAAGUUAACAUUGCAGAUGGACUCCAAUAUAUCAAGGAUCAGGCUGACAAAGGUGUAAAGCUACACGCUGUGAUGUUAGAUGUUGACAGCAAAGACAGUACUAUGGGAAUGAGCUGCCCCCCAAAACCAUUUAUCCACACAACAAUGCUCCAACAUAUAAAGUCUUUACUACUUCCUGGAGGAGUGUUCAUGUUAAAUUUAGUGUGUCGGGAACAGAAAUUACGUGAAGAAGCCACCGCAGAUUUGAAAACUGUAUUUCCUUAUAUAUUGACAAUUAACAUACCUGAGCAGGUUAAUGAGAUAAUAUAUGCCUUUCCUGAAGACAGACAAAAUACAUUGAACUUUGAUCUUGGUAGCAAAGGACUUCCCAAGCACAUAGCUGGGUAUUUGAAAACACUAGUAGAAGGAAUGAGAGAAUAUAGCAAGACUUCAUCAGUGCCAAGGUUAACGCAGAAGCUAGAUGGUUUACAUUUAAUAGGAUGAAUUUCUAAAUGAAGACUUCCAUUGAAAAUAAAAAUAAAACUUGAUAUGUUU